AUGAAGAGGAUUGGUCAGUUGGAGGAAACUUGCAGCUUCGAAAACGUAGUUGAGAGAACGAUGGAUCCUGUAGAGUUCAAAAAUUUGCCAUUUGGUGUUGAGUAUGCACGUUCUUCGCGUUCUUCAUGCAAAGGAUGCAAAGACACUAUUGUACAGGACAGCUUGCGAAUGUCAGUCCGCGAACCCAGCAGAUUUUUCGACGGUUUGCAAGAUAACUGGUUUCACUUUGCAUGCUUCUGGAAACGAAUCAAACCAGGUAAAGUGCAAAUCAACGAGAGAUCGAUUAGGGGAAUGGAUGGGAUUAAAUGGGACGAUCAGGAGAAAAUUCGUGAGAAGAUCAAGGCUUUUAUGAGUGGAGGCCUUGGAGGGCUCUUCAUUGAUAACACGUUCUCAUCUCUCAAAGUAGAGUAUGCAAAAUCGAGUAGAGGGAAGUGUUUCGCGUGUAAACUUCCGAUUGCUCAAAAGGAGGUAAAAUUUGGGAAGCUCACCAAUUGGUACCACCAACAGUGCCUCUUCAAAAAUGUGAAGUAUGGCGGAUCAAUUGAGGAUAUAGGUGGGUUUUCCUAUCUGAACGAUGAAGAUCAGCAGAAAUUAUUAAUAUCCCUCAGGGAAUUCGCGAAGGAAGACAAGACUGGAGAUGUGGAGGAUGAUCGCAAAUACUACAAAUGCAAGCAGCGAAAGAUGAGCUGGAGCCCUGCAAAGAAACCUCGCGUGAAGCAAACUGAUAUGAUGUGGGAAUUGCGCAGCGGCUUCAAAGAGAACCUUACAAAGCAUGAAAUGAUGGACUUGCUCAUCUCCAAUGAUCUCACUCCCCCAUCCGGUGAAAGCAAGAUCCUCGACUACCUCGUGGACUGUGCCAUGUUUGGCUGUUGCAAACCAUGUUCGAAUUCGUCGCUAAGGACAUACAGAUGCAAUGGGCAGCUUUCGGAGUACACAAAGUGCACUUAUCGAAACGAAAACCCUGAUCGCAUCAAAUUUACCAUACCGAAAGAUAUGAAGGAGAAUGCGUACCUCAAGAAUCUCAAAGUUAACCUCAUGCCGAAACGCGUGUACAACGAGCUGGUAGCUAAGGAAACGAUUGUGGACCAUUCCGAUGCUUUCAAACGCUUUGGCUCACGGGGCAUCACUAACUUUGAAGCUGGAGAUGUGGAAGGGAAAAGCAUGGGAGUUGGUUCUGGAUUAUCAAAACAGCUCGUCAAAGGAGGUACGGUCGUGGAUCAAGAGUGUGAAUAUUCAGAAGUUUCGCAUGUCCACCGAGACGCUAAAGGUGCAUUGUACUCUGUUGUUCUUGGAAGCGUGGACCUGCAGACAAAUAGAAAUUCAUACUACAAAAUACAGCUCCUCAAAAACGACACCAAACCAACCUUCUAUCUGUUCCGCUCUUGGGGUCGCGUCGGAACAGCUAUUGGUGGCACGAGGACGGAGUUGUUCCGUAGCGAAGGAAGUGCCACAGAGGCGUUCGAAAGAUCUUUCCUGAGAAGUCGGUAA